UAGUUAUGUUGUGAACUGCGAACUGAGGACUUGUUGUCCGCUCUCAAGUUGAAUGGAAAGUUUUUAAUUUUUGUUGUGAACAAAAUUGUUGAUAUUUAAUAGAUUGACGAGCAAGCAGCAAUCGAAGCGUGACUGAAAUAAAUAAAUUGCAUUUGUUUGAAGAUGGCAGCUGAUAAAUUGCCGCCAAAUCCGCGCGAGAGUGCAAAUUGCAUCUCAGCGUUAAUGUUCUGUUUUGCACUGCCCAUACUAUUUAAGGGGCGGAAGACAACAUUGGAGCCAAGUGAUCUCUAUGAAGUACUCCAAGAGCAUAAGGGUGACAACUUGGGCGAGAAGGUGUUUCAAGCUUGGCAGAAUGAGGCAAAAAAGAUUUCGGAGAGAAAGGGUCGCAAUCCCAAGAAUGGAAUUCUGAGGGUGAUACUCAAAGUUUUUGGCUGGGAGCUUGUGUUUACUGGCAUAGUGAUUGCAAUACUGGAGAUUGGACUGAGGGUAACGAUGCCUUUGCUGCUGGCCGGAUUGAUAUCGGAGUUCACGCAGCAUGGCAAUGGCAAGAGUCUUAACGCACAGCUCUAUGGGGCUUUGCUGGUCGCCUGCAUUGUGCUAGGUGUGCUGCUCAUCCAUCCUUACAUGAUGCACAUGACGCAUUUGGCGAUGAAGAUGCGUGUCGCUGUCAGCUGUGCUAUUUAUCGUAAGGCGUUACGCCUGAGUCGCACUGCUUUGGGUGGCACCACAACGGGUCAGGUUGUGAAUCUGGUAUCCAAUGAUUUGGGUCGCUUCGAUCGUGCACUGAUUCAUCUGCACUACCUGUGGCUGGGACCACUGGAGCUGUUGAUUGCCUCGUACUUUAUGUAUCAGCAAAUUGGCGUCUGUUCCCUUUAUGGGAUUGCCAUUCUGAUACUUUAUCUGCCACUCCAGACCUACCUCAGUAGAUUGACCUCGAAACUGAGAUUACGCACUGCGUUGAUCACCGAUCGGAGAGUGAGAAUGAUGAAUGAGAUUAUUUCCGGCAUACAGGUGAUCAAGAUGUAUGCCUGGGAGAAACCCUUUGAGAAAAUGGUGUCUAGCACUCGAGUCAGCGAGAUGAGCGUGAUCCGCAAGGUGAAUUACAUACGCGGCAUACUGCUCUCCUUUGAGAUAACGCUCGGCAGGAUUGCCAUCUUUUCCAGCCUGUUGGCAUAUGUGCUCACGGGUGGCCAACUCACGGCAGAGCGCGCUUUCUGUGUGACCGCAUUCUACAAUAUUCUGCGACGCACCGUGAGCAAAUUCUUUCCCAGUGGCAUGUCCCAAGUGGCUGAGUUGUUGGUAUCCAUGCAGCGCAUCUCACAGUUCAUGAUACGCGAUGAGAUUGAUAUACAGCAGCUGGAUGAUGAGCAGCAGCCAGAGGGGCAGCCCGAGGAGAAGAACCGUCUGAUCAAUGGACAGUCGCAUUCUUCGCCUAGUUCCAGCGAGAUUUCUGUGGAGCUUAAAGACUUGAAGGCACGCUGGAAUGCCGAACACACAGAUCCCAUAUUGGACAACAUUAAUCUGAAGUUGAAAGGACCGCAACUGGUGGCAGUUAUUGGUCCGGUGGGCUCUGGCAAAUCCAGUCUCAUCCAAGCCAUUCUCGGCGAACUCAGUCCUGAAGUGGGCAACGUUAAGCUCGGUGGACGCAUCUCAUACGCGGCUCAAGAGCCUUGGCUCUUUAGUGCCACCGUUCGAGAGAAUAUACUCUUUGGACUGCCCCUGGACAAGCAACGCUAUCGCACUGUGGUCAAGAUGUGCGCCUUGGAGCGUGAUUUUGAGCUGCUGGAUCAAGGCGAUAAAACGAUAGUCGGAGAACGUGGUGCUUCACUAUCGGGCGGACAGAAGGCUCGUAUUAGUUUGGCGCGUGCUGUUUACCGCAAGGCGGAUAUCUAUCUGCUGGAUGAUCCCUUGAGCGCUGUGGACACGCAUGUGGGACGCCAUCUGUUUGACCAAUGUAUGCGAGGAUUUUUGCGCAAUCAGCUGGUGAUCUUGGUAACGCAUCAACUGCAGUUCCUGGAGCAUGCAGAUCAGAUUGUCAUCAUGGACAAGGGCAAGAUCACCGACAUUGGCACCUACGAGCACAUGCUCAAGAGUGGACAGGACUUUGCCCAGUUGCUUGCACAGAGGCCACCCGAGGAGGUCGAGGAAGAGACCAAGGUCAAGAAGUCUAAAUCAACGGAUGACACUAGCUCAAAGGCCAGUUAUUCGCGUCACAAUAGCAUGGAGAGUCGUAACAGUGUCUCCUCAAUGGGCUCUAGUGUGGACGACUCAUUAAUAGGCAAGGAAGACCAGCCUAAACAGGUUCAGGAAUCCCGCUCCGCCGAGAAGAUUGGUUGGGAUAUGUAUCAGAAGUACUUUUCUGCUGGCUGCAGUUGGUUCAUGCUCAUCGUAGUCCUCUUCUUGUGCAUUGGCACCCAGGUAAUGGCAUCCUGGGGUGACUACUUCCUUUCCUACUGGGUGAAGAACAACUCGACCUCCGAGCUGGAUAUCUACUACUUUACCGCUAUCAAUGUGGCGCUGAUCUUGUUCGUCAUGCUGCGCACUCUGCUCUUCUUCAGCAUGGCAAUGCAUUCAUCCACCGAGCUACACAACUCGAUGUUCCGCGGCAUAACACAUGCUGCCAUGUACUUCUUCAACACGAAUCCAUCGGGUCGGAUUUUGAAUCGUUUCGCCAUGGACUUGGGUCAAGUGGAUGAAGUGCUGCCCGCUGUGAUGCUGGAUUGCAUACAAAUUUUUCUCACGAUGACUGGCAUUAUCAGUGUGUUGUGUGUAUCAAAUCCCUGGUAUCUGAUCAAUACGAUUGCCAUGUUCAUCGGCUUCCACUAUAUGCGCAACUUUUACCUAAGCACCUCCCGGGAUGUGAAGCGUCUCGAGGCUGUUGCUCGCUCUCCGAUGUACUCGCACUUUGGCGGCACUUUGACGGGCUUGCCUACAAUACGUGCGAUGCGUGCUCAAAAGAUGUUGACGGCGGAGUAUGAUCAGUAUCAGGAUAAUCAUUCCAUUGGCUAUUAUACAUUCCUGUCGACAAGUCGCGCCUUCGGAUAUUACCUUGACUUAUUCUGUGUUAUCUAUGUGCUUAUAAUCAUCUUGAAUAACUUUUUCUAUCCGCCCGAUAAUCCCGGACAGAUUGGUCUGGCAAUUACACAGGCCAUGUCCAUGACGGGUACGGUGCAGUGGGGCAUGCGACAAUCUGCAGAGCUGGAGAACUCCAUGACAUCCGUGGAGCGUGUGAUGGAGUAUAGAAACUUGAAGGCUGAAGGCGACUUCAGUUCACCUGCGGGCAAAAAGCCACCAGCAAGUUGGCCUGAAGCUGGUGAAAUUGUUGCCGAUGAUUUAAGUUUACGCUACGAGCCAGAUCCUCAAUCGCCUUAUGUGCUAAAGUCGCUCAACUUUAUCAUACAACCAUGUGAGAAGGUUGGUAUUGUGGGACGCACAGGAGCGGGUAAAUCCUCACUGAUUAAUGCUCUGUUCCGACUGUCGUACAACGAUGGCUCCAUUUUGAUCGACAAACGCGAUACGGAAGAGUUGGGCUUGUAUGAUUUGCGUAGCAAGAUUUCGAUUAUACCUCAGGAGCCUGUGUUGUUCUCUGGCACAGUGCGCUACAACUUGGAUCCAUUUGAGCAGUAUCCGGACCAGAAACUAUGGCAAGCUUUGGAGGAAGUGCAUUUGAAGGAUGAAGUUUCUGAGCUCCCUAUGGGACUGCUGGGUAACAUUUCUGAGGGCGGAUCCAACUUCAGCGUGGGUCAACGUCAACUGGUGUGCCUGGCUCGUGCUAUUCUACGCGAGAAUCGUGUGCUUGUCAUGGAUGAGGCCACUGCCAAUGUGGAUCCACAAACUGAUGCUCUUAUACAGACUACGAUCAGAAACAAGUUCAAGGAUUGCACGGUGCUAACAAUUGCUCAUCGUCUACACACUAUUAUGGACUCGGACAAGGUGAUGGUAUUAGAUGCGGGACAUGUUGUGGAGUUUGGCGCGCCUUAUGAACUCUUGACGGCAUCCCAGACUAAUGUCUUUCAUAGCAUGGUUAUGCAAACGGGGAAGUCAACAUUUGAUCACCUUUUGAAAAUCGCCGAGCAGGCUUAUGAAAAAAACAAGGUGGAGAAGUCGGAAUAAUUGCAUUGAAAAUUUUCAAAAUGGAAUGUCAUAUAUUUUUAUAGAUAUUAUCUUGUACACUAUUGCAAUAAUGCAUUUACUUAACUAGACAAUAAUUGCCAAAAACUAAAUAUGUUCAGAAUAAACUCGUACUUAAUUAAUAAACAUACCUCAAUAAUCCAUUUUUUAACAGAAGCGUGUAAUGCUCUUCAAAUAAGCGCUCUUUUUUAGAUGUCUUUAAUUUAAUACAAUGUGAAGUAUGGCCAACUUUUAUUUGUCAUAUUUUGCGAAUGUGCCGCAAUUGGUAUAUUUUUCAAUCAAUCUGUGGUCACACUCGAAUUAGAACACAUGUUUCGUUUGUUGUGAAAUAUUGUAAACAAAAACUACUUUCUUUUAUAUCUAAUAAAAAAAUUAUUGUGUUUGCCGAUGCAUGUGUAAUGAAAAGGAGUGCCACAAUGGAUCAACAAUUAACUUACGAGUCAGCAAUUAAAAAGGCGCAAUUGGUGGAGAGAAACCCGCAACUUCAAUUAGACCCGCUUCGAGUGUCCAUGCACGAAGAAACUGAUAUCAUAAAACUCGCUCAAGAAAUUCAGGCUGCUGAUAAGCAAUUGAAGAACAGCACAAGCCAGAAAUUGGUUGUUAUUCUAGAUCAG